GUUAAACGAGGUGUGGAUUGGGAGAGUUGGGGGAUGGAAUGUCCUUUGUGUCUCUAAUUGAGGAUAGGUAUUGGUUUCUGUAAAUCCCUGCCCAUCUAAAAAGGGACUAUUCUUUACCUUGUUCAUGUAUUAACAUACUUACUGGGGUUUCUAUGGUAACUGGACACUUUAAAGCUGAACUUUACUUGCGCCAUUAGAAAAUGAAUCAGGCUCCCACAAGACGUCACCUGCUGCAGAUUCUCCUCAUUACCUAGGGGGGCGUCACGACUCAUGCUACAGCAGAGUCGAAAGCAAGGCUUUUCAUUAACUUCUGCGCUGCACCACCUAUUGGAAUUUUUUUUAUUAUUUUUACAGAACAUAAGACUGAAAAAGUAUAUAUAUAUAUAUUACUUUGAUCUGGACAGUGCAAUUGUGUUUUGUAUUAUUUCGCUUUAAUAUAAGUCAAAUUAACGCUUUCGAGGGUACAUUUGUGUAAACUCCGACUUUCAAUUUACAGAACGAUUGACUUAGUCUUUCACUGAAAAUUCUUAAGUGAUUUUUAAAGGGUUCGAUUUAGAUUUUAACAACAAUAACACUAUCAAGAGCAAGUGUUUGAGUGAUGAUGGAUGAUUGCCCGAGGUCUCACACAGUUACCACCACAACCAGCAGCUCAUACUCAGAAGAGUUUGUUUCAUCGGCCUUGGAAUAUGACAAAGACUUCAUCAAAACAAUUCCUGGAAUCCUUAUCUUUUUAGAGAUUAUUCUUGGACUCCUGGUUUGGACACUUAUAGCUGGGACUGAGUAUUUCCGAGUGUCUGCCUUUGGCUGGGUGAUGUUCGUAGCUGUGUUUUACUGGGUUCUCACUGUGUUCUUUUUAAUUCUCUACCUGACCAUGGCUUACACCAGGAUUCCUCAGGUCCCAUGGACCACAGUGGGUUUAUGCUUCAAUAGCAGUGCCUUCAUCCUGUACUUCAUUGCUGCCAUUGUAGAUGCAGCUUCAGUAAGAUAUGCAUUCCAGGGCAAACAUGACUACAACAGUUGGGCCGCUUCAUCAUUUUUAGCCUUUGUGGUUACGCUGUGCUAUGCGGGAAAUGCUUACUUCAGUUUCCAGUCUUGGAGAUCACGAGAUCAAGGACCUUGAAUAUUGUACUUGAAGAUACAAUUUCUCAUUAAUAACAAGUCAAAUAUUUAGUGUCUGGACAGUCAGAUUUGCUGCCUAGGAAGGAAGGUGUGACAAAAAAAGCAUUAACUUGUCCAUGGAAGGCAGCUGGCUAAUGUGAUUCUUGUGGGGUGUUUUUGUUUAUUUGUUUUUAGUUUUUCUUUAUUCUAUAUUGUAUUUUCUUUAUAUAUUUAAUGAAAUCAAUAAUUUUCUUCACUGAUUCCUUCAUUCUAAGGUGAUUUUGUAUAUGUGAAAAAAAUAUAUAUAUUCAUUGUAGUGUAAAGUUUUUUCAGGUCUUCUCCUUUCUUUUUAUAUAAGUUGGAGAUGUGAAUAUUUAAAUAGAAAAUAUCUGUCUAAAGGAGAAAUGUUAAAGCCCAGGGAACACUGUAGGGAGAAUUUGUGUUUUAAAAUUAAAGAUAAUUCAUG